AAGAACCGAGUCAGAGAAUCACUCGCAGAUUCGUUCUUUAGCGCGUUUGUAGCGCGAGCCGCGGUUCGGACCGAAGCUUCGACUUUAAUCUGAGCGCGGUACCGGUCACGCAUGGCAUCGGGGACGCCGUGCCUGAACAGUCGAUGGGACCAGCCCAAGCCGAAAACAGACAUGCUGCAGGGCAUUCUAGGAAGUGUGUCCCAUCCACGGUCAUCCCACGUGGCUUCGGCUCCCGUUGACACGACAUCUGCAGGCCCUGCGGUAGGACCUCCAGGCUCAGCGGUGCCUGGGCACAACCCGCCGCAGGGAGGGGUGGAGAUGGCAGCAGCGAUGGCGGCCAAAAUCAACGCCAUGCUGAUGGCCAAAGGGAAACUCAAACCUCUUCAGCCUUUACCCAGUAAGGCACCCCCGUGUGUUCCACAGCCUCUCAGCACUGAGGAGGUGGUGGUGACUGAAGUGGACAUUAAUGAUGUUCCUGUUAACUGCAGGAAUCUGCUCACUAAAGGCAAAACCCAGGAGGAGAUUCGGCAGUACAGCGGUGCUGUGGUGUCCACAAAAGGCGUCUACAUGAGUGAUGCUGAAAAAUCUGCUACCACAGGAGUAGAGCGACCCCUGUAUCUGCAUGUGCAGGGACGCACACAGGAGGAGGUCAACAAGGCCGUGAUGCGGAUUAAAGAGAUCAUCUCCGAGGACGUGUUGCGGGCAUCCGGUGGGCAGCAGCCUGCUGUGAUGCCCCCUAUACCGGUUUACCCACAGCCCCCCCGACCUGCUGCACCUGCGCAGCCGCUGCGGCCUCAUCUGCCCCUUAAUGCCAACACACGCUUACCAAACGCCCCUGUAACGCCCGCGCACAGACCCCCGCCUCCACAUUCGGGGAGUUUUGUGCACACUAAGAUAUUUGUAGGCUUGGACCAGUCGCUGCCGUCCUUCAACGUGAACGAGAAGGUGGAGGGGCCGAACGGUUCGUACCUGCAGCACAUCCAGACGGAGACGGGGGCGCGCGUGUUCCUCCGGGGGAAGGGGUCCGGAUACAUCGAGCAGGCCUCACGCAGAGAGUCCUUCGAACCGCUGUAUCUCUACAUCAGUCACCCAAACUCUGCCGGACUGGAAGCAGCCAAGAAGCUUUGCGAGAGCCUUUUGGAGACGGUGAGGGCGGAGCAUGCGCGUAUGCUGUCUACGUACACGGCGACGGGUUCCACACAAGUGUACCCUGCCCAUAGUUACUCCUCCAGCAGCAGCUACGGUGGUCAGUCCUGGUACGGCUACCCAGCUAACGGCUACGUCAGUGCUUACCCAUCAUACCCUGCGGCAGGAGGAUACUGGAACAGACCCAGUGGACCCUCGGGCACGACCACCACCAACACGCCCCCACCUGCACCCACACAGGGCAUGGUCCAGUACCCCGUCUGCCCUCGCCAGUCGUCUUCCUUCAUCCUGCAGGAUGAGAGCGGUGUGUCCGACUCGGUGAUAAAUUCCUCGUCAAGUCCUCCAGACUGCAGGAGCCCAAAGAGACACUUUAUAGAGGAGAGUGAAGAAGAGACGGAGGAGACGGAGUUGAGCAAUCCGGAUCCAGUGAAGGAGGCAGAGUCCAGUCCUGAAGACUGUAGUAAAACAGACAAGGUAUUAAUGCCCCCCCCUCCAGCUCCGGUGCUCCCAACAGCACGAAAGAGGCUGAGAGAGACUGAGCAACCUGCACUCACACACUCAGUUGAGGAGGAGGAGGAGGUGAAGAAGCUGAAGGUUUUAGAUUCCUCAGGUCUCGUCCCAUACGGUGGAGACUCCUCAGAUGAGGAAGAGGAGAGGACUCGCAGUGUGAGGAAGAACAACGCAUAGAAAACACACACACACACACACACACACACACACACAGUGCAGGACGAAGCGGCUUUGAUCUCCGACUGAAUUUUCCCUCAAAGCUGCUCAAGCGGAACUUUUCAAGUUUUGGAAAACGGUGAAGCUGUUCCUAUGGAAUACAGAAAUAAUAAAUUGAUGAACCACAA